GGUUGCCGCCAUUACGCUGUCUGUCAAAUUAGUCCGAUGUCCAAUAAAAUUUGAGCUUUUUAAAAUUAACAGGAAGUCGUCCUUUUAACAGAAAUUUAGUGGCAUCUAAUUUGGAUAUUUCGUUGAGAAAUGGCUCAAAAUAUUAAUCCACAUUACGCUUCAUCGUCUAAUCCAGCGAAACAGAAUGAGGACACGAUAAAAUUAAAAGAUAAUCAUGCAGUCAGUAAACGAUUGCAAAAAGAGUUGAUGGAGCUAAUGAGAAGUGCUGACAAAGGUGUAUCAGCCUUCCCGGAAUGCGAAAACCUGUUCAAAUGGAUCGGUACAAUUAGUGGGCCCCAAGACACAGUUUACGCGGGGCACAAAUACAAACUGUCCCUGGAAUUUCCUAAUUCUUACCCGUAUGCGCCUCCCGUAGUGAAAUUUUUGACGCCUUGUUUUCACCCUAACGUAGACACUUGUGGGUUAAUAUGUUUGGACAUUUUGAAGGACAAGUGGACGGCUUUGUAUGAUGUGCGCACAGUUUUAUUGUCCAUUCAGAGUCUGCUAGCCGAGCCCAAUACACAGAGCCCUUUAAACCAGCAAGCAUCAUACUUAUGGGCAAACCAAGAAGCAUACAAAAAGUACCUAGACGAAUUUUAUAGUAAACAUAAAGAUUCUUAGUCGAUUAGUUCACUUUAAUGUAUUUCAUUUUGAGUUGCAUUGUAUUUUGUGUUGUGGUCGUUUGAAUAUGUUUGCAAAGAGAUUGGGAGCAUGGUUAUUUAUUAAUUUAUACCUAUUAGGAAUACAAAAGUUAUCUAAAUUUUAAUAUGUACAGUAUUAAAUUGAUUCCCAGCUUUAUCCCAAAAACUACAGAAUUAAAUUUUGUCAUUCCUUCAUAACAAUUUAAAUAUUUCGGAGUCUAAAUUACUUUAUAUGGUAAUCUGAUAAAAUGAUGUCGGUGACAAUGAUAUUGGGAAUGUCUUUCUCAGUCUGCCUUCUUUCCAUGUAAAAAGUUUUACAUGCUCCCAUCUCUUGUUUGAUUAAGAUGGAGUCUAUAUGAAAGAAUCACUGACAAUUAUAAUUCUUUAGUGCAAUUUAA